AGGAAGUGUAGAAAAGAGUAACAGGAAGUAACGUGCCUGAGUUACCUUAGCAACGCAAGGUUCUAAACGACGCUAAGAAUUUCAUUGAGAUGGCAAAGUAGGGUUAUGUUCGAAUUGAUUUAUUUAUAUAUAUAUAUAUCUGUUCUACGUAUAUAAUAUCAAUAGAAUAAGCUACACAAAAUGUCGUUAGACGAUCCUCGUGUGGAGUGGAUACGAGACCGUGUUUGUGGAUCCUUUUACCUCCCGGACGCGGGUUGUUUCGAUGAGCUUUUGAGCAGAGGUGAAGGGGAGCAGGAGCAGAAAAUACUUGGGUUUCUGAAUAACACCACCACAGAGGAGACGGCUUCGGCACUGCUGUUCUUUAAAACAAUCCGGGAGGAGCAGAUAGAGAUCGAAGUAGUGAUCGAAGCACCAGAAACGACUGUUGACAAAAAUCAGGAGGGAGGCGGUGCAUCACAAUCUGCCGCAGUGAGCGAUGGACCAUCUAAGGAGGGAGAAGAAAGCGCUUCCAUUAAAGAAUCAGAUGACCAGAAAGGCCAAAAGGUUCGAGGUAGGGACACAGUGUCUGCUAUGGGUUCAGAGACCCCAGCCCUGCCUGCUGCUGCUCUGCAUCCAACUUCAGAAGACCCAGCCGGUGAACAUGAGGAGGAAGUGCAUGAACCCCCUCUUACUAAAAUUGAAAUUCUCACAGUUUACCACACGGAGCUGCAGGUGGCCCUAAACCAGGUCCCUGAGAAGUACAUGGAGUCUGGUGUCUUAUUUUUUCUCAGAAAUACAAAGGAAACAAUUAAUGAGCCCAAUGACAUGAAAGAAGCCAACGAGGUCAUGCCGAGACUGCUGGAGUUUGGUAUGCUGAAUGGACACUUACUAUUGAUGCUGAAGGAUGUAUUAUCACACGUGUUCAUCUCACUUCUGUCCCUCAACCAACAAAAAAACGAGGACACCCACCAUCAGCAGACACUGUCUGAAAAGACUGAUCUAGAGGACGAAAACAUCGCUUUCCAAGAACCAGUGGAAGAGCAGGAAAAGCCUGUGGAAUCACGAAGUUGCCAGCUAAUCCGGGAUGAACUGCUGACAAACGUGCAGAAGUUUCUCAGUCACAUUGAAAGGACAGUUCAUCAACUGGAAGGUGAGAUUAAGUUAGAGAUUCCUACUAUUAAUUUGGAUGCAGAUGUAAGCCAACUAGCUGCAAACCAAGCUGUAGUUCAAAAGCUGGAGCAGUGUGUAAUGAACUGGCAAACACAAAUAACGUCUGUUAUCGAGGAGCAACAGAAGAAGAAGCCACAGGGUAAUGGUCCUAUGUCGGAGAUCGAUUUUUGGCGUGAGAGAACUGCAACUCUGAGUGCCCUUAGUGAACAGCUGAAGCUGCCGGUGGUGAAGAGGAUCUUAGAAGUUAUGAGCCGGGCCGACCCGAUUACUGUGCAGAACCUGGACCUUGCUGUGACUGAGCUCAGCAAGUACUAUGUAGAGACUGUGGAGAACGUCAGAUUUCUUGGCACACUGGAACGUCAUUUUAAGAACUUGUCUACUGGUUUGGGAUUGAACACCAUUCUUGACACCAUUCCUUUAAUGAUGAAUGGACUGAGGAUGGUCUGGAUCAUCUCUGGUCACUACAACAAGGAUGAGCGCAUGGUUCCCCUCAUGGAGCGGAUUGCAUGGGAGCUGUCCGAGAGAGUCUCCAGGGUGGUCAACGUCCAAACAUUAUUCAGAGAAAAGAGAGAUGUUGCAAAGGCCAGAACUGCAGAUGGGAAACGCAUCCUGGACCAGUGGAAAGCAUCUUACUUUGAGAUCAGAGCAAAGAUUGAAACAGCGGGCAGAGAUCCUCGCUGGGAAUUUGAUAGGAAAAGACUGUUUGAGCAGACAGAUUACAUGGCUUCAAUCUGCCAGGAUCUUUACAAUAUCAUCCAGAUUGUUGAAGAGUUUCACAACAUAUUUGGUCCAGAACUGAAGGCUGUCACUGGGGACCCAAAGCGAAUUGAUGAUGUACUGCACUGGGUAGACAGUCUGGUUGUGCCUAUUGAAGAAUUAGCCUUUGACCCUUUCAACAUCCGUCACUCAGGUUCAUGGAAAGUUGCUAUUGAAGACUUUAAAAGUGAAGUCCUUGCAAUAGAAGGAGAGGCUAUAAACUUCAUAGACCAGUCAUUCAAAACACUGCGAUCUGCGGAAGCUGCUUUUGACAUGCUUUUGAAAUUCAAACAUAUCCGUUCUAGAGAAGCUAUUAAUAAGCAAAUGAUGCAGAAGUUUAAUGAGAUUUUGUCGCAGUAUUGUAAAGAGAUUGACAUUAUUAAUGGUUUGUUUGUUAACAAUCUUAAUAAUCCACCCCUCAACAAGAAUCAGCCCCCAGUUGCUGGAGCGAUAUACUGGGAGCGUUCUCUUUUUAAUCGUAUCAAACACACAAUCGUUCGCUUUUUAGAAGUGGAGGAUAUGCUGACUAGUGACCAAGGAAAGGCAGUAAAGGCGAAGUACUUGGAGGUGGGGAGGCAAAUGAAGGAUUACGAGGAGAGGAAAUAUGAGCGCUGGAGAGAGCAGACCGAACAGUCUCUGCACGGUCUGCUGAAGAGAAGCCUACUCACCAAGCUUCAUCCAGGCAGUUCAGGCUCUCCAGAACUUUCUGAACCAGUUUCAAGCCAAGCAGACCAGGAGGGAGACCAGAAGAACAUCCGGUACGUGGUCAACUUCGCUUCCGAGCUUCAGGAGAUCAUUUCAGAAACAAAAUACCUGGAGCAGCUGGGCUUUACAGUACCAGAACUCGCCAGAAACGUCGCUCUGCAAGAAGACAAGUUCCUCAGAUAUGUGGAUGGACUCAAACACAUGCUGACUCAUCAUGACACACUCAUGGGCAUUUUGACAGAAGCAGAGACCCAACUGCUUGGUGAGCACAUCCAGGAGCUUUGGAGAGUGCUUAGAUCUGGAUACACGAGGCUAAACUGGAACUCCUUAGGUAUUUCGGAUUACAUCAGUCGCAGUUCCCAAGCCAUUUCGAAGUUUGGGUCGCUUGUGAACCAAAUUCAGAAGAACGCGCAAGAUAUCGAGGCUAAGCUGGUAUCAAUCGAGUCUUCAAACCUGUUUAAAUUCCCAGUUUAUGAAAAUGAAACUGUCCCAGGAGUGAAGGAGUUUUAUGAACACAUGGAACGGGAGAGAAUGAAGGAGGUGUCCUUCUUGUGUCAGAAGUACACUGCCAUUGGCCCCCUGCUGACCAAGAUGGAAGGCCUGGUGGUGCACACAAACAGUGGGAGAGCUCCAAAGAUGGCUCAGUAUUAUGUUUUCUGGGAGCGCAAAGUAUACAACACCCUUACCAAGAUGGUCUUGAAGAAUCUUCAGUUCUUUAGUGCCGCUGUUGUCGGAAGUGUGCCUCUGUUUCAGGCAGAAACUUCUCUGUCUGCUCCUGAGAUCGUCCUGAUCCCUAACGCCAAUGAGAUCUAUAAACUCACUAUGCAGUCUGUCAGAGACUGCUUGGAAAGCACCAAGCACUUUGUACGAUGGAUGCACGGGACCUGUAGUGAAUGCCCCCCUCAGAUUGCAGAAGGAGAAGAUGAGCCUGUGAUAUUCAGCUUCUUCACUGACAUAUCCCAGAACCCCCAGAUCAUUGAACAGGCUGUCACCAUCUCCCAAAGUAUUCACAAACUGCUGUCAUCUGUAGCCAAGUACCUGAAUCGAUGGAAGAGAUACAGGCCUCUGUGGAAACUCGACAAGGCCAUUGUUAUGGAAAAGUUUGCAGCGAAGAAACCCUCCUGUGUGGCCUAUGAUGAAAAGCUACAGUUCUAUUCCAGGAUCACGCAAGAGGUUGCACAGCAGGCCUUAGUCAAGGUUGAGCAGUGUCUCCAGCUAAACCUGGAGUCCUUGGCUCGGACAGUGGAAGAAAAUGCCAAAGGAUGGGUGAAUUCUCUGGGAAAACUCCUGAAUGAAUCUGCCAAAGAAGAACUGUAUAACCUUAAGGAUGAACUGCUGCAAUUAUCAGAAAACCUCAAGAGAAGCCCCGAGACGCUUGAAGAUUUGAAGUUUGUGCUGGGGACGAUCGCUGAUAUCAGAGACAUGUCUUUAACUGUGGAGAUGAGGGUCAGAGAUAUUCAGGAAAGAUACAGGACGCUUGCAAUGUACAAUGUUCAUGCAGAAGAAGAAGAAAAAGAGCUGUCUGUGAGUAUCCAACAGAUAUGGGAAGAUCUCUUGUUGGAGUCAAGGAAGGUUGACCACGGCCUUGGCAGAGUAAAAAAGACAUUUACUCAGAUCACGAAAGAACAAAUCGAAGACUAUAAGAAGGAGCUAUCUGUAUUUGCAGGAAGCUUUCACAACGAAGGUCCGGGUGCUGUAGGAAAUGACCUUGAAAAAGGCAUGGAGAUCCUUGCAGUGUAUGAAAAGGAACUGUCUCAUAAAGAGAAAGAUCGUCAGGAGCUGGCUAACGCAGAGAAGCUCUUUGGCCUGCCAAUCACAAUGUAUGCAGACCUGAUGCAGGUUCAGAAAGAGAUGAGUGGCUUGAGACAAGUCUAUGACAUUUACAAAGCUCAAAAAGCAGCGAAGGAGGAGUGGUCUCAGACAUUGUGGGUAAAUCUAAAUGUCCCGUUGCUUCAAGAGGGCAUCGAUGGUUUCAUUAAAGGUCUUCGAAAACUACCCAAAGAGGUUCGCAGCCUGCCAGUGGGCUUCUUUCUAGAGUCCAAGAUGAAAGAGUUUAAAGAUUCAAUUCCGCUGCUUCUUGACUUGAAAAAUGACGCUUUAAGAGAAAGGCACUGGAAGGACCUGAUGACAAGAACAGGCACAGAAUUUGACAUGAACCCUGACACCUUCACCUUAGAAAACAUGUUUGCCAUGGAGCUUCACAAGUAUGCGGAUGUCAUCAGUGAAACUGUUACGUCUGCUGUAAAAGAGCUCAGCAUUGAGAAGGGUGUGAAGGAGGUGGUGGAAACCUGGGAGAAUAUGAAGUUCACCAUUCUGAGGUACUACAAGGGAACCCAGGAGAGAGGCUACAUCUUGGGAGCGGUGGACGAUAUCCUUCAGGCCCUCGAUGACAACGCCAUGAACCUGCAGAGCAUGUCAGGAAGCAGAUUCGUCGGCCCUUUCCUAUCCACAGUCCAAGAGUGGGAGAAAAGCCUGUCCUUAAUAAGUGAAGUCAUUGCGGUGUGGAUGGUAGUGCAACGGAAAUGGAUGUAUUUGGAAAGCAUCUUCAUAGGAGGAGACAUCAGAUCACAACUGCCCGAGGAAGCAAAAAAGUUUGAUAACAUUGACAAAAUAUUUAAAAAGAUUAUGACCGACUCUGUGAAAGACCCUGUGAUAAAGAAGUGUUGCCAGGCCCCGAACCGCCUCUCUGACCUGGAGAACCUGAGCGAAGGUCUGGAGAGGUGUCAGAAGAGUCUCAACGACUACCUGGACUCCAAACGAAACGCUUUCCCCAGAUUCUUCUUCAUCUCCGACGACGAGCUUCUGAGCAUUCUGGGCAGCAGUGACCCCUCUUGUGUUCAAGAACACAUGAUAAAGAUGUACGACAACAUUGCUUCUCUGAAAUUCCAAGAGGGCAACAACGGUGAAAUGCUGGCUACUGCAAUGGUGUCGGCCGAGGGGGAGAUGAUGGACCUUCGGCAGGCCAUCCCAGCUGAAGGGAGAGUGGAGGACUGGAUGACUGCGAUACUGUACGAGAUGAGGAGAACAAACAGGCUCAUAACAAAGGAGGCCAUCUUCACAUACUGCGAGGACAGGAGCAGGGUUGACUGGAUGCUCCUGUACCAGGGCAUGGUGGUGUUGGUUGGUACUCAAAUCUGGUGGACGUGGGAGGUGGAAGAUGUGUUCAAUAAAGUAAAGCAAGGAGAGAAGCAGGCCUUGAAGAAGUACGCCAAGAGAAUGCACCAGCAAAUCAACGAUCUUGUGACGCGAAUCACACAGCCCCUGGACAGGAACGACCGCAAAAAAUACAACACUGUGCUGAUUAUUGACGUCCAUGCCAGGGACAUUGUAGACACGUUUGUCAGAGACAGUAUUAUGGAUGCCCGGGAGUUUGAGUGGGAGAGCCAGCUUCGUUUUUACUGGGAUCGGGAUCCUGAUGAUCUUUUCAUACGUCAGUGCACUGGUGCAUUCUCCUAUGGUUACGAAUACAUGGGAUUGAAUGGACGUCUGGUUAUCACCCCCUUGACCGAUCGCAUUUACUUGACUCUAACCCAGGCACUAUCUAUGUACCUGGGAGGAGCACCUGCUGGCCCUGCUGGCACUGGUAAAACUGAGACAACUAAAGAUCUGGCCAAGGCUCUAGGUUUGCUCUGUGUGGUAACAAACUGUGGUGAAGGCAUGGAUUACAAAGCUGUUGGUAAAAUUCUCUCAGGAUUAGCACAGUGCGGGGCCUGGGGCUGCUUCGAUGAGUUCAACAGGAUUGACGCUUCUGUACUUUCCGUCAUCUCAUCUCAAAUCCAGACCAUUCGAAAUGCACUCAUCUUUCACCUGAAGAGAUUCCAUUUUGAAGGGCAUGAGAUCGCUAUGGAUGACCGAAUGGGGAUUUUCAUCACUAUGAACCCUGGCUAUGCCGGACGUACAGAGCUGCCUGAGUCAGUGAAGGCUCUCUUUAGACCUGUGGUGGUGAUCGUGCCCGACCUGCAACAGAUCUGUGAGAUUAUGCUCUUCUCAGAAGGGUUUCUCAUGGCAAAGGUUCUUGCCAAAAAGAUGACAGUACUGUACAAACUUGCAAAAGAGCAACUUUCUAAACAGUAUCACUACGACUUUGGACUUCGUGCCCUGAAAUCUGUGCUGGUAAUGGCAGGAGAGUUAAAGAGAGGAUCUCCUGAUCUGCAGGAGGAUGUGGUUUUGAUGAGAGCUCUGAGAGACAUGAACCUUCCCAAGUUUGUAUUUGAGGAUGUGCCUCUCUUCUUGGGGCUGAUCACUGACCUGUUCCCUGGGCUGGACUGCCCUCGCGUUCGCUACCCCAGCUUCAAUGACGCAGUGGAGCAGACCUUCCAGGACAACAACUACGUUCUGCUCCCUGUACAGGUUGAUAAAGUGGUCCAGAUGUACGAGACAAUGAUGACUCGCCACACUACAAUGGUGGUUGGACCAACGGGAGGUGGCAAGUCGGUGGUUAUUAACACCCUGUGUCAGGCCCAGACUAGGCUUGGGUUAGUGACUAAGCUGUACACACUGAACCCCAAAGCAGUAAGUGUGAUUGAACUGUACGGCAUACUGGACCCCACCACUAGAGACUGGACUGAUGGGAUUCUCUCCAACAUAUUCAGGGACAUCAAUAAACCAACUGAUAAAAAAGAAAGAAGGUAUAUUUUGUUUGAUGGAGACGUUGAUGCUCUUUGGGUUGAAAACAUGAAUUCUGUUAUGGAUGACAACAAACUCCUGACCCUGGCUAAUGGGGAACGUAUCAGACUUCAGGCGCAUUGCGCCUUACUCUUUGAGGUUGGGGAUCUGCAGUAUGCAUCUCCCGCUACUGUGUCACGCUGUGGAAUGGUGUUUGUUGAUCCCAAAAAUCUACGCUUUAAACCCUACUGGCAGAAGUGGGUGUGCAGGAGACAAGCCAAGGAACAAACCGUAUUGAACAAAUUGUUUGAUAAGUACGUACCUGACUCCAUUUCAAUGAUUGUGGAAGGAAUGAUGGAUGGCAGGCAGGGAGAAAAACUCAAGACUAUUGUACCUCAAACAGAGUUAAACAUGGUAGUGCAGUUGAGUGUGAUGCUGGAUGCUCUGCUGGAGAAGGACGUGGACGACCCUGAUGUUCUCGAGUGCUAUUUCCUGGAGGCGCUGUAUUGUUCUUUAGGCGGCUCGUUAUUGGAAGCUGGGAAAGUCAAGUUUGAUGAGUACAUUAAAAAGCUGGCUGGCAUGUCCACUGUCCAUGAUGAGAAAACUCUAGCUGGACCUGGAGAGCUUCCUGGUCAGCUGCCGUCUCUCUAUGACUUUCAUUUUGAUGGGGAGCAAAAGAAGUGGAUGCCAUGGAGUAAAUUAGUACCUAAAUACACUCACAGUCCCGAGGUCAGGUUCUUUGAUAUUCUUGUUCCCACGAUAGAUACAACUCGCACCAACUGGCUGUUGGAGCAGAUGGUGAAAAUCAAACGUCCUGUCGUGCUGGUUGGAGAAUCUGGUACCUCCAAAACUGCGACCACUCAAAACUUCCUGAAAAAUCUGAAUACAGACACCACAAUUAUGUUAACAAUCAAUUUCUCGUCUCGGACAACUUCUAUGGAUCUCCAAAGAAACUUGGAGGCAAGUGUAGAGAAACGAACUAAAGACACGUAUGGACCCCCCAUGGGAAAGAGGCUUUUAAUCUUCAUGGAUGAUCUGAACAUGCCCAGGGUGGACGAUUAUGGCACUCAGCAGCCUGUUGCACUUCUGAAGCUGCUGCUGGAGAAAGGUGGAAUGUACGAUCGCGGGAAAGAAUUGAACUGUAAAUUUCUGCGUGACCUUGGCUUUAUAGCUGCAAUGGGGAAGGCAGGUGGCGGCCGCAAUGAAGUGGACCCCAGAUUCAUUUCUCUCUUCACUGUUUUCAAUGUGCCGUUCCCUGAAGAGGAAUCUCUACACUUGAUUUACACCUCCAUUCUGAAGGGACACACUAAGGCAUUUGAGGCUGAAAUUCAAGAUAUUUGUGACAAGCUCAUUUUCUGCACAUUAGAGCUUUAUAAAGUCAUCAUUAGAGAUCUGCCUCCAACACCGUCCAAAUUCCACUACAUUUUCAACCUGAGAGACCUGUCCAGGGUUUCCAAUGGACUGACUUUAACCACACCGGAGAGAUUCCUCACUGUCACCCAGUUUGUCAGAGUCUGGAGGAACGAGUGUCUCCGAGUUUUUCACGACAGGCUCAUCAACGAAACUGACAAAACGCUGGUUCAAGACCACAUCAAGAACUUAAUAGAAGAGCACUUUAAAGCUGGGACGGAGACGGUUCUGAGAGAUCCCAUUCUGUUUGGAGACUACAGGACAGCACUGAACGAUGCAGAACCCCGAGUGUAUGAAGACAUUCAGGACUACGUUGCAGCCAAAGCUUUAUUUCAGGAAAUUCUUGAAGAGUACAAUGAGACAAAAACACGCAUGAACUUGGUUCUGUUUGAUGACGCACUGGAGCACUUAACACGAGUCCACCGAAUCAUCAGAAUAACCCGCGGGCACGCUCUGCUUGUGGGUGUGGGAGGAUCUGGGAAGCAAUCCUUAACAAAACUUGCUGCAUUUGCAGCUGGAUGCGAGGUGUUUGAAAUCACAUUGAGUCGUGGUUAUGGUGAGAACAACUUCCGUGAAGAUCUUAAAACUCUGUACUUGAAGCUGGGCAUCGAGAAUAAGAAGACGGUCUUUCUGUUCACUGAUGGGCACGUGGCAGAGGAGGGUUUCCUGGAGCUGAUCAAUAACAUGUUAACAUCAGGUAUUGUGCCAGCGCUUUUCCCAGAUGAGGAGAAGGAAUCUAUUCUGGGACAAGUCCGGGAUGAAGCUGCUAAACAUGGGGUAGGACCUGCCAAGGAAAGCGUUUGGCAGUAUUUUGUAAACAAGAGUGCCAACAACCUGCACAUUGUCUUGGGCAUGUCCCCCGUCGGCGACACAUUGAGGACCCGGUGCAGAAAUUUCCCAGGGCUGGUGAACAACACUGGGAUUGACUGGUUCCUGCCUUGGCCUCCACAGGCUUUGCAUGCCGUUGCUCAGUCCUUCCUCGGAGAUAAUCAGAUGAUCCCUUCCCAGCACACAGACUCAGUGAUUGGACAUGUCUGUAUGGUACAUGAGUCUGUGGGGAACUUCAGUAAGAAGUUCCAGCAGAAACUGAGGCGCAGCAACUACGUGACUCCGAAAAACUACCUGGAUUUCAUCAGCACCUAUUCCAAACUGCUGGAUGAUAAGGAUCAAUACAUCCUGGCCCAAUGCAAACGCCUGGAGGGUGGCUUGGAUAAACUGAAGGAGGCCAGUUUACAGUUGGCUGAUCUCAACCUGAAGCUGGCUGAACAGAAAGUGGUUUUAGCUGAGAAGUCUACAGCCUGUGAGGCCCUGCUGAUGGAAAUCUCCACCAAUACUGCUGUCGCCGAGGAGAAGAAGAAACUGGCAGAGGACAAAGCACUGGAGAUUGAAGAGCAGAACAAGGUGAUCGCAGUGGAGAAGAAGGACGCAGAGAGCUCAUUGGCUGAGGCUUUACCUGCGCUGGAAGCUGCAAGGCUGGCUCUGCAAGACCUGGAUAAGUCGGACGUCACUGAGAUCAGAUCCUUCGCCAAGCCUCCCAAGCAGGUGCAGGUGGUGUGCGAGUGCAUCCUUGUGAUGAGAGGCCAUAAAGAGAUCAGCUGGAAAAGCGCUAAAGGAAUGAUGUCAGAGGCCAACUUCCUGCGAUCCCUCAUGGAGAUGGACUGUGAUGCCAUCUCUGUGAACCAAGUCAAAACCGUGAGAGGAUUCUUGAAGAACUUAAACACCACAUUUGAAGAAAUGCAAGGCAUCAGCAGAGCCGGGUCGGGAAUGCUGAAGUUUGUGGAGGCAGUGAUGGGUUACUGCGACGUGGCCAGAGAGAUCAAACCCAAGAGAGAAAAGGUGGCCAGACUGGAAAGAAACUAUUUCCAGAGCAAGCGAGAGCUGGAGAGGAUUCAGAACGAGCUGGCGACCAUACAAAGAGAGUUAAAGGCUCUUGGGGAAAAAUAUGAGGCAGCCAUAAGAGAGAAGCAGCAGCUACAGGAGGAAGCAGAGAUCAUGGAGAGGAGGCUGAUCGCUGCAGACAAGCUCAUCUCAGGCUUGGGCUCAGAAAACAUUAGAUGGACCAAUGAUCUUGAGGAGCUGAAGCAGAGGAGGGUGAGGCUGCUGGGAGACUGCCUGAUCUGCGCUGGCUUCCUGAGCUACGAGGGCGCCUUCAACUGGGACUUCCGAAGCGAAAUGGUCUACCUGGAGUGGCAGCAGGACGUGCUGAACAGGGGGAUCCCUCUGAGUCAGCCGUUCCGUGUGGAGAGCCUGCUGACUGAUGAAGUGGAGAUCAGCAGGUGGGGAUCAGAGGGCCUGCCUCCAGAUGAUCUCUCUGUUCAGAACGGUAUUCUCACCACUCGGGCCAGCCGUUUCCCCCUGUGUAUCGACCCCCAGCAGCAAGCCUUGAACUGGAUCAAGAAGAAGGAGGAGAAGAACAAUCUGAAGGUCUCCUCAUUUAACGAUCCAGAUUUCCUCAAGCAGCUGGAAAUGGCUAUUAAGUAUGGCUUCCCAUUCCUUUUCCAAGAUGUGGACGAGUACAUCGAUCCAGUGAUUGACAACGUUCUGGAAAAGAACAUUAAAGGCGCUCAGGGACGCCAGAUUAUUCUCCUUGGGGACAAGGAAGUAGACUACGACCCAAACUUUAAACUCUACCUCAACACCAAACUGGCAAAUCCAAAAUACUCCCCAUCAGUAUUUGGAAAAGCAAUGGUCAUUAACUACACAGUUACGUUGAAAGGACUGGAGGACCAGCUGCUGAGUGUGAUCGUGGGGUUUGAACGCAAGGAGCUUGAAGAGCAGAGAGAGCGUCUCAUUCAGGAGACGAGCGAGAACAAGAAGUUACUGAAGGACCUGGAGGACUCUCUGCUCCGAGAGCUGGCCACUUCCACAGGAAACAUGCUGGACAAUGUAGAGCUCGUCCACACCCUGGAGGAGACCAAAACCAAGGCCACGGAGGUCUCUGAGAAACUGAAGCUGGCAGGGAAAACAGCAGUGGACAUCGACAAGCUCCGUGAUGGGUACAGGCCCGCUGCCAAGAGAGGUGCCAUUUUAUUCUUUGUGCUGGCUGAGAUGGCGCUGGUAAACACCAUGUACCAGUACUCGCUGGCAUCGUACCUGGAGGUCUUUGAUUUCUCUCUGCGUAAAUCUCUGCCAGACUCCAUUCUGCAAAAAAGACUGAGAAACAUUAUGGACACUCUGACUUAUAAUGUCUAUAACUAUGGCUGCACAGGUUUGUUUGAGAAACAUAAGCUACUGUUCUCAUUUAAUAUGACCAUCAAGAUAGAACAGGCAGAAUUCAGAGCGCCCCAGAAUGAACUGGACUUCUUUCUAAAGGGAAACCUCUCCCUAGAGAAGAGCAAGCGUAAGAAGCCCUGCUCCUGGCUCCCAGAUCAGGGCUGGGAGGACAUUAUCCGCCUGGCUGAGCUCUUCCCCCAGGAAUGCGGCACUCUGCCUGACGAUGUGGAGAAACACGAUGCAGAGUGGAAAUCAUGGUAUGAUUUAGAUAGCCCAGAACAAGCUGCCUUUCCAAUGAAAUACAAGGACAACCUGACCAGCUUCCAAAAGCUGCUGCUGCUGCGCUGUUUCCGCAUCGACCGAGUCUACCGGGCAGUGACUGAUUAUGUAACACUGACUAUGGGAGAAAAGUAUGUCCAGCCUCCUGUGAUCAGUUUUGAAGCCAUAUUCGAUCAGAGCACCCCCAAUUCUCCCAUCGUGUUCAUCCUGAGCCCCGGCUCAGACCCUGCCAGUGACCUCAUGAAGCUGGCGGAGAGAACAGGCUUCGGGGGGAGCAGGCUAAAGUUCCUGGCAAUGGGGCAAGGGCAGGAAAAGGUGGCCCUGCAGCUGCUGGAGACUGCAGUGUCUCGUGGCCAGUGGCUAAUGCUACAGAACUGUCACUUACUGGUUAAGUGGCUCAAGGACUUGGAGAAGUCAUUGGAGAGAGUCAGCAAGCCACACCCUGAUUUCCGGCUGUGGCUCACCACUGAUCCAACCAAGGACUUCCCAAUCGGAAUACUCCAGAAGUCAUUAAAGGUGGUGACUGAACCUCCUAAUGGGCUGAAGCUGAAUAUGAGAGCCACAUACUUCAAGAUCUCCUAUGACAUGCUGGAAGGGUGCCCACAUCCUGCUUUCAAAUCCCUGGUCUAUGUGCUGGCCUUCUUUCACGCUGUGGUGCAGGAGAGGAGGAAAUACGGAAAAAUCGGCUGGAACGUUCCUUACGAUUUCAAUGAGUCUGACUUCCAGGUCUGCAUGGAAAUCCUGAAUACAUACCUAACAAAAGCUUUCAAUCAAGCCGAUAGCAAGAUCCCAUGGGGAAGUCUGAAGUACCUGAUCGGAGAGGUGAUGUACGGGGGGAGAGCCAUUGACAGCUUUGAUCGCAGGAUUCUCAUGGUUUACAUGGAUGAGUAUUUGGGGGAUUUUAUAUUCGACACCUUCCAGCCUUUUCAUUUCUUUCAAAAUGACGAGGUUGACUACAGGAUUCCAAAAGACGGCCCCAAAGAUCAUUAUGUUGAGGAAAUAGAAUCUCUUCCACUUGCUAACACUCCUGAAGUGUUUGGCCUUCACCCUAAUGCUGAAAUCGGUUACUACACCCAGGCUGCCAGAGACAUGUGGAAACACCUGAUAGAACUGCAACCACAGACAGGAGAGACGGGUGGUGGAAUUAGCCGCGACGAGUACAUUAGCCAGGUGGCCAAAGACAUCCAGAACAAGCUGCCUAAAGUGUUCGACCUGGAUCUGAUUCGCAAGAAGUUGGGGCUGGAGAUCUCCCCCACAACGGUGGUGCUUCUGCAGGAGGUGGAGCGAUUCAACAAGCUCAUAGUGCGCAUGGGCAGGUCCCUGGCUGAGCUGCAGAGGGCGCUGGCGGGAGAGGUUGGCAUGAGCAGCGAGCUGGAUGAGGUGGCUCGUGCCCUCUUCAAUGGGCAGAUUCCAGUCAUCUGGAGAAAGCUGGCGCCAGAUACACUCAAAUCCCUGGGGAACUGGAUGCUCCAUUUCAAGAAGAGGUUUGACCAGUACAGCACAUGGAUUGAUGAGGGAGAGCCCACUGUCAUGUGGCUGUCCGGGCUGCACAUUCCCGAGUCCUACCUCACGGCCCUGGUCCAGGCCACCUGCAGGAAGAAUGGCUGGCCCCUUGACCGCUCCACCCUGUACACACAGGUCACCAAGUACCACACUGCUGAGGAGGUCACAGAGAGAUCGGGGCAAGGAUGCUUUGUGUCAGGUCUUUAUCUCGAAGGGGCUGACUGGAGCACUGAGAAGUCAUGUUUAAUCAGGAGUAAACCCAAAGUCCUGGUGGUCGAACUGCCCAUUCUUAAAGUCAUUCCCAUUGAGUCGCACCGCCUCAAACUUCAGAACACAUUAAGGACACCUGUGUACACCACAUCCAUGAGAAGAAAUGCAAUGGGAGUCGGCCUGGUGUUUGAUUCUGAUCUUUCCACCACAAAACACAUCUCCCACUGGGUACUGCAGGGGGUCUGUCUCUCUCUGAACUCGGAUUAAAACUGUGAGGAAACAGCAGUUUCUUUUUUGUUUGUUUGUUUUAAUAAAAUAUAUAUUAAAUUAUA